GGUUUUGUUCAUGCAUUAUAAUUUCCUUCCUUUUUAAGGCUGUGAAUAUCCAUUGUCGGUCUGUGUCACGUUCUGUUUAUCCAAUCAUCUCCCAGUGGCCCUUCGGUUGACACUUGGGUUGCUUUCACCUUUUGGCUAAUUCUGAUGAAUAAUGCUGCUGUGAACCUGGGUAUUCAGAUACCUCUGUGGGUCCCUGCCUUCAGUGCAUCAGGUUAUGUACCCGGAAGUGGAAUGGCUGGAUCAUAUGGUAAUUCUGUGUUCAAUUUUUUGAGCAACCACCACACCAUUUUCCAUAAAGGCUGCACCAGUUUACGUUCCCACCAGCCGCACAAAGGGCUUCAGUGUCUCCACAUCAUCACCGACGCUUGUUAUUUUCUGAGUUUUUGAUAAUAGCCAUCCUAGUGGGUAUGAAGUAGUAUCUUAAUAUGGUUUUGGUUUGCAUAUCGUUAGUGCUGUUGAGCAUCUUUUCAGGUGCUUAUUGGCCAUUUGUAUAUCUUCUUUGGACAGACGUCUGUUUAAAUUCUUUGCACAUUUUCAAAUCAGGUGUGUGGGUUUUUUUGGCUAUUGAGUUGUAAGAGUUCUUUAUGUAUUCUGGUUGUUAACCCUUUACAAGAUAAUAGGAUUUGCAAAUAUUCUCUGCCAUUCCAUGCAUUGAAAGCUCACUUUUAGUUUUUAAAAAAUUAAUCGAAAGUAAUUAAAAAUUAAUCAAAAGAAAUUAAAAAAUAAACUUGAAGUUUAAAAGGCCCUGGGUUAGGACUUAACGCAUGUUUCUUAAGCAGUUCAUCCUUGUUUUCCACCUUAGUGGAAAAGGGUGAGCAGGGUGCACCAGCGUUGGGAGGAGGUGUGACUAUUUAGUCUGCAUCAGAAUUCCAAUGAUAAACAUAGUUCUUUAUUUAUGUAGCUCAAAGUAAGAAAAUUGCAAAGAAAGCCCCCAAACAGUGGUCUUUGUUGCCAUCUGAAUAGAUUGAGAGGAUGGAAAUUUUGGCCAUGCUCUCCAUCAGCUACCCUGGAUUCAGAUGGAAAAGGAACUUCCAGCAGCAGGGGACGUUUUCGUCAGUGCCAUCCACUUAACCUUCUGCAUAGAAUGAAUUUUAUGCCUUACAUCACAUUUUAAAGAGAAUCAGCUGGCUGAGUGGGACAAGGAAGUGAUGUCUGCAGACCAGAAAUUGUUAAGCAUUUCCAAAUGGUCACAAGAUUUCAAGGAAGCACUAAGUUCCCAGGUGUUGCCGGGCAGCUGCGUCUGGGGAGGUCUCUCCCUGGGCACUGGGUGAAACCUCAGCGUGGUCGGGGGAGGGUUCUUGACUCUGAAGGAGGAAGAAUUCUCCAUCAGGUCUGAUGAGUGUAGGUAAGGAAGGAAUUCAUUAGAGCGAGAGUAGCAGCAAAUGGCAGCUGCUUUGCAGGCAGCUCUCUAGAGCAAGGAGGUGCAGAGGGAGGAAAGGGAAGCUCAUUGAACUGCUUGGCAUAGGAGAGACCCCUUGCCAACUCCUGAAGCCAGGUCACCUGGCAUCCAGUGCCCUCUUGAAUCUGCAUGGCAUGGGAACUAAGCCCCUGCCACCCCAAGUUUGGGGGAGCUGCAGAGCACUGGGUGGAAUGAGAUGAUGUUCUGAGAACUUCCCAAAACAAAGAAGAAUUUAGGGCAGGCUACUGAAGAGCAUGAUCCUCCAGCCACAGUCCUGUCUGGGUCCCCCAGGAGACGGGAACUUACAAGCCCAAAUCGGAGCUCUCAGCAGCCCCUCCCUGCUUGUCUGGAGUAGGACAGAGAGAGUGAAGACUUGUACUUAAGUCUAGAAAGUUGAAUGAAAUAGCAAAACGACAAGACAUCUGCCAUUGCAGGAGCUCAGAGACAAAACGCAGCAAGCUGCUCAGGGAGAAGGCUUGCUUCAAGGCAAAAAGUACGCAUGGGGAAAGGGGCGUGAGGGUAGCCUCAGAGGGCAGGCGCACCUGGAGGCUUGGGAUUCUGUCUUUCACGGCUUUCAAGAGUAGGACAGAGGGUGGGGGGCAGGCUUAGCAUGUGGUCUCCAGGUGUCUCUCCUGUGAGGGACGUUCUGUCACCAUCCACAGUCUGUCCUCUAGAUACUCUGUAAGAUAAACUUAACACGGGAAUUCAGUGAUCCUGUUCUCCAAGAUAGUGGUGACCCUCAAGCACUGGGAACACAUCAUCUAGGACUACUUGCCCUGCUUUAAGAUAAGGUCAGUUGUUGGCUGAUUACCAUAAAAUAUGUAAGGAAUCUUACUUUCUAACUCCCUGGAUUUUUAAAAUGGAAUCUUAGCCUGAAGAUGGAGUCCCUCCUGUUCUUACUACACUGUUUACAUCUUGGCAUUUUUCAUCAUAGGCAAGAAAAGUUACUCGUGAUGCUUGUCCCACGUCCAUGCUCUACCUUCACAGGUACAGAUUUUAUAUUGAGCCAAUUGUUCUCACUGAUUAACAAAUAUGGGAGGGGAAAAGAUAAAAAAGCAAGUUUUGGUGACCAUUGAAACGGUAAUAUUAAUUUCCCUUGCUGACAAAUGUUUGAAAAAGUUAAGGCUCAGCAGCUAUUGAACAAGCUGUCCUUCAGACAAGAAGAGAUAAACAAGAACCUAUCGACCUCAACCAGGGGAUAAUUGCAAUGCACAUUGAAUUAACUGAUGAUAAGACACCGUUUUUGCUGAAUUUUAUAUUUCCGUGUCAUUUUUUUCAGUAAAUGCCAUUUAUAUAAUUGAUGUGACUGGAUUGGGAGGUGGGGGAGGAUGCGUUCUGUCAAGGGCAGUUGCAAGGGGUACAGAAAGGAAACCUGGUCUGUGACUGCAGGCGCUGGGAAGCCCAGCCAGGGUGGGAAGGGAGCCACCCCAGGGAGUUCUGGGGCACAGCCCUGGCCCACCCACACAGCCGUGGGGCCUGGCUUCUGGAAUGUCCCAGAGCAGAAUGCAUUUACAGGAGGGAACUUGAGUCCAGCUGUAGCUGAAAGGGGCAUUCGUCGGUGGGAGCAGGACCUACUUCUGACGUUGUGGGGAUAGGGCUUGAGGGAAACAAUGUAAUUAUCGGGGAGGACACCAGUCUGUGGCUCACACUCCCCUCCCUGCCAUGGGCCUCUCUGCCCCUCAGGCUGAGCGCAGGUGUUGGCCACAGCCCCCGGGACCCCUUACAGGGUGUUGGACAAUGAAUGGGGAGCAGGGACCCGCAGCCAACCCCUUGGGGGGCCUACUCCAGCCUCAGCCCCAAGGCGGCUCCCAGCUGUCUUCCCUUGGACACGGAGCUGGCAGCCGUGGGGGGCCCGGGCCCUGCCUCUGCCAUCAGGAGCAGCCCCAGGGGAACAGGCUCAGGCGAGAGGCCCAGGAGAGAGGCCCAGGCUCACUCUUCUUUCUCACAAAGGCCUCAGUGGAAAUGUGAAACUCAGGACCUUGCGGACCUUGUAUUAAUUUGCUGGGGUGGCCAUAACAGUACCGCAGAAGGGGUGGCUUCCGCGGCAGAGAUGCAUCCUUCCACAGCUCCGGAGGCUGGGAGGCAGAGACCAGCUGUCAGUGGGUUGCUUUCCCCUGAGGCCUCUCUCCUCGGCUUGCAGCCCCGGUGCUAGCUGAGAUUUCCCGUGGGGAGCACGUGGCCACGGCUCGUGCGCCUCGUGGCAGGUGCAUCUGUCUCAGGGUGUGACUUGGUAGAAAUCCUGGUUUGGGGGACACAGGUAUGACUCAGACCCCCCUUCCCUGUCUCAGGACUUCCCAUGUGCACAUCUGACCCUCAGCUCUGCACCACCCCGCCUUUCCUCCGAAGCUCCAGAGCUGUUGCUCACGCUUCCCACGAGACUCCAGCUCUUGGCCUGGAGAGAUCUGAUAAGCCAAGGUGCUCGGUGACUUAUUAAUUUGUUUGUUGCACAAGCGUGCACUGGGCUCUGGCCUUGGGCCAGGCACAGAGCUGGGGGUUGUGUAUGGGCAAUUGUGUCCCAAGGAUCCUGCCACCUGCAGACCCGCAGCUGGGGACAGAUGUGCAGAGCUUGCUACCAUUUCAAGCUCCAAGUGUGUCCUGGUGCUUCUCACAUGUCUCCUGGAACUUUGGUGGCAACCCAGGGAAUUAGGCAAACAUGGCCCUAUUCUAUUGAGAAGGGAAGUGAGGUUUGCAGAGGUUAAUCAGCAAAGCAUGGAUGAGCAACCCAGGUCUGUGCCCUAAAGCCGGGGGAAGGGAAGACUUCUGCAGGAAGACUCUGCCUAGGCCGAGUGUCACUUGUUGCCCUCCCCCAGCCCAUGCUGCAGCCGCCAGCAUCCUGCUGUGUCUUCCUGCAGCAGUGUGUGGCUUGGCGUGUGCCUCCCCGGGUCUGACUGAUGAGCUAGCACAGGGGUGCAGAUUUCAGCUGCACAGCUGUGCCACGCACGCCCCCUCCAAGCUGGGCACUGCGGGAGCCCCCACAUUAAGAGCCCCACAAGCCUCCCAUGUCACAGCCUCCUCUGACCGCUCCUAAGGACCCGGUUAAAGCUGGGUGGUCCCUUGGCUCCAGAAUGCCUAGACUUGGGGUCAGAGCUCAAGCAGCUUCCAGAAACAGCAGCUAUCUCUUAAACUCUGCCCUUCCAACCUUGCUGCCUGAAAGGGGCCUGGGGGCCGGGGGCAGGCCUGCGCCACUGUUUGUCUGGGUGGAGCUUGUCGGCAAUGCUGUCAAUCACCUUUGCCGGGGCCAAGCCCCUCUGUGCGCAGCAACUGUGGAGUCGGCCCUGAGCUCCAAGGUCUUGUGCUGCCUGCUCGCCCCGCGGCAGUGUCUCCGUUUCCAGUGCCAGUGCCAUUCCCGGAGGAAGCCAGAGUCAGCCAAGGCCUCUGACACACCGCUGCAGCCAUGGUCCAUGGGUACAAAGGAGUCAAGUUCCAAAACUGGGCGAAGACUUACGGCUGUUGCCCGGAGAUGUACUAUCAGCCCACAUCGGUGGAGGAGAUCAGAGAGGUGCUGGCCCUGGCCAGGCAGCAGAACAAGAGGGUGAAGGUGGUGGGCGGCGGCCACUCGCCCUCGGACAUCGCCUGCACAGACGGCUUCAUGAUCCACAUGGGCAAGAUGAACCGGGUCCUCCAGGUGGACACAGAGAAGAAGCAGGUGACUGUGGAGGCUGGCAUCCUCCUGGCUGACCUGCACCCACAGCUGAAUAAGCAUGGCCUGGCCUUGUCCAACCUGGGAGCUGUGUCGGACGUGACGGCAGCUGGUGUCAUUGGGUCCGGGACGCACAACACGGGCAUCAAGCACGGCAUCCUGGCCACCCAGGUGGUGGCGCUGACCCUGCUGACGGCCGACGGGACCGUUCUGGAGUGCUCCGAGUCCAGCAACGCAGACGUGUUCCAGGCCGCGCGGGUGCACCUGGGCUGCCUCGGAGUCAUCCUCACCAUCACCCUACAGUGUGUGCCCCAGUUCCACCUGCAGGAGACCACCUUCGCCUCGACCCUGAGAGAGGUUCUUGACAACCUGGACAGCCAUCUGAAGAAAUCUGAAUACUUCCGCUUCCUCUGGUUCCCACACAGCGAGAAUGUCAGCAUCAUCUACCAGGACCACACAGACAAGAUCCCCUCGUCUUCCGCCAACUGGUUUUGGGACUAUGCCAUUGGAUUCUAUUUACUGGAGUUCCUGCUCUGGAUCAGCACCUUCCUGCCGGGCCUCGUGGGCUGGAUCAACCGCUUCUUCUUCUGGCUCCUGUUCACCGGGAAGAAGGAGAGCAGCGACCUCAGCCACCGGGUCUUCACCUACGAGUGUCGCUUCAAGCAGCAUGUCCAGGACUGGGCCAUCCCCAGAGAGAAGACCAAAGAGGCUCUGAUGGAGCUGAAGGCCAUGCUGGAGGCCCAGCCCAAGGUGGUGGCCCACUACCCCGUGGAGGUGCGCUUCGCCCGGGCAGACGACAUCCUGCUGAGCCCCUGCUUCCAGAGGGACAGCUGCUACGUGAACAUCAUCAUGUACAGGCCCUAUGGCAAGGACGUGCCACGGCUGGACUACUGGCUGGCCUACGAGACCAUCAUGAAGAAGGUGGGCGGCAGGCCCCACUGGGCCAAGGCCCACAAUUGUACCCGAAAGGACUUUGAGAAAAUGUACCCUGCCUUCCCAAAGUUCUGUGCCAUCCGAGAAAAGCUGGACCCUACGGGGAUGUUCCUGAACACGUAUCUGGAGAAGGUGUUCUACUGAAGCAGAAAUGGAAAACAAGUCCAGCCCACCCCCUCCCAUCCCCCAGGCCCACCUGCAGUGGGUUGAAGGCUCGGUACCCGGCCUGCUGGGGACAGCCCUCUCCUGCCAGGCUGUCUGCCGCAGCACCCCCAGCCCCUCCUCCCCACGGCAAUGAGCCCCAUAGGGGCAGGGCUCCGACUUUCCUACCUUGUAUCUUCACAGCACCCCAUGCAGGAAAGAGCACCCAAAUCUUCAUUUACAUCUCCACACGGCACCCCCUUUUCCUGAGCCUCCAAUCACCACUUCUUGUUUCCCCAGGAAAAAGAGAAGCCCCCAAAUCUUGUUUGUUUAGGAGGUCAGAGAUUCAGCCAUCAUGCCGGGCUCUGCCUGCUGACUGGGUGUCUAUAGCCCCUGGGGCCCCUCUCCAGCUCUCCUAGGCAGGGGGUCCCACUAGCAUGUGUUUGGCACAGAAGUUGGGUGUACUGUGCUCUGCUUUCUCUCACCCUUGAGGGUCUUCCAGAUGUUCAGGGGACAGCCCGCCUCCCCUCAGAUUGCCCUUUCUAGAUUUCUGCCUGUCCAUUUGACCUCCCGUAGCCUGGUUUUCAGCAUGUCCACUUCAGGGGAUGUUUGGCAAGUGGGACUCUCCUUGCCUUCUUUUUAAUAAAGACCAAGAAUUAUUCA